CGGGCCCGAAGGGCGGUUGUCUGUGCCCGCACAGCCCGCCCGGAUCCGCGUCGCGUAGGAGACGCACAAAGUCACUCCGCGGGGACACCCGACGCCGGCUUGGGCGGCUGCGCCCUCAACUGCACGGCGGCGGGGGCCGCGAUGGCGCGGGUUGACGGCUGCCAGGGUAGCUGACCCGGGCCGGAGUCUGAGAGGAGCCCGACCGAGCACCGCUUCCCGCCUGUCGGGCCCGCGGCUCCCGCCCACCCACUGCGGCCGUCGGGGUCUCGCCGCGCGCCGGAGGCCCCGAACCCUGUGACUUAAGUCCCGGGCCCCGGCGGGAAUGUUCAAAAAUGAGUACCAGGGAGGCGCAUUUGUUGAAAUCUUUAGUGCUCAGGGGAAAAAUCCUGGAGCAAAAUGGAAGAUCCUUGGCAGUCCGUCAGUGAUUUGGAAAGAAUUUGAUAAAGAAGUUAAAAGUUUUGUGUUUGUUCUGGAAGGCAGCAGCCAAACAAAUAAAAUUCAAUUACCAAAGGAGAAUAAGCAAAUCCUUGGGCUGAUCCAGAGGUUUCUUGUACUGCAGAUUUAUGUACCCCUGGGACAGGACUUCUCCACUGAAUUGCUAAUUACUGAUUUAGGCAACAUCAAAAGAAGACUUUAUUUAUCAACAGUCCAUAAGGAACUGUCUUCAACUCCUCUUCAUGCAAAAAUCCCACUCUUCAUGAUCAAGCGCAAAAUUUGGUGCAAUCUGUGCGUUGACUUGGCAGCGUUCACCAGUGAAAUAUUCAAGGGGGCAGUUUUCCAGUCUCUGGAUGGCAUCAUCGUCUCCGCUAACUGUAAGCUCCGGAAGAUCUUCACCUUAAAAUCAAAGCCUCCAGACACUGCUGAUAAGGAUGUAUAUCUUUACUCAGUGUCAAGUGUGUGAAGAAACUUUCUUCAGUGUCUACAGAAGAAUGUGGAAAUAUCAACAUUGUGCUUUAAUAGACAUUGGGCACAGAAGAGCCAGGGGGGUUCCGUAAUCCAAGGUCUUGCUUAAAUAAGGGAAAGAAAUCCCCUAAGGGUGACACUGCACACAAAAUGGGACUUGAAGCCAAGGUUUUGACUUCUGUUUUCUCAGAGUACACAAGUUUACCUUCCUCAAUAACCACAUGGCUUGGUGAUUUUAAUAUGUAUUGUUAGUAUUAUAAUAUUAUGUUGAGUGUUUCUGUCUCUCUGUCUGUCUCUGUUUCUUUCUCUCUCUCUCCUCUCUCUCUGUGUCUCUCUCUCUCUCUCUCUUUGUCCAAGUCAGGUACUCAAAUCCUAUAUUUAGCUAUAUUCUUACAUUUGACACCCAAAGCACUGCAAUAAAGUUUAUUUCAAAAUUAACCAAAUUGAAUUUCAUCAAAAUAAAAGGCUUACUCACAAAGAAUGCUAUCAAGAAAAUGAAAUGACAUCCUGCAGAAUUAGAUAAGAUAUUUGUGAUUUAUAUUCUAAUACAAUGCAGAUUCUGGUUACAUUAUGUUUCUGAUAUAUUUUUAUACCUCAAAUAUAUAAAGAACUCUUUCAGCAAUAGAAGAUAACUACUUAAUUAAAUAUAAUCUAAGAUUUGAGUAGACAUUUCUUUUUAAAGAUAUAUGUAUGAAAAACACAUGUAAAAAUACUUAGCAUGAUGUCAUUAGCGAAAAUGCAAAUUAAAAUUAUAAUUGCAUAGCUUUAUAUCUAUUAGGAUGACUGUAAUUUUUCUUCAUGAAAAUAACAAAUGUUGAUGAAAAUGCAGAGAAAUUGGAACUCUUGUAUGGUAUUACAGUAAGAACAAAAAUGAUUCACCUACUGUGAAAAACUGGUCAUUUCUCAAAAAAGUAAAGAUAGAAAUAUGUUAUGCCUGCAGUUCUACUCCUGUAUACCCCUCCAGAAAAGAAAAAAUAACCAGGGAAACAGAUACUCAAACAAGCAGUAUACACAUGUUUAUCACAGCACCUAUUUCCAGUAGCUAGAAUAUGGAAAGCAGUUCCAGUGUUGAUUAGUAGAUGAAUGUACACUGCACCAGAAUAGUAUUCAGGCAUAUAAAGUGAUAUAGUACAGAGUCAUGCUGCAGUGUGGAGGAACUUCCAAAGCCCUGGGAAGAGAAAGAUACCAUGGACCAAAGGUCACAUGCUGUAUGAUUUCAUUUGCAUAAGACAUUCAGAAUAGGCAGAUCCAUACAGACAAGACACAGAUACGUGAUUUCAAGGGUCUCAGAGCCUAAAAAAAUGGGGAGAGUCUGCUUACUGUGUGUAAUUUUACUUUGCAGUGAUAAAAAUAUUCUGGAAAUAGAGAUGGUGUUACACACAAAGCAAAUGCAAUAAGUGCCACUCAAUAUUUUCUUUUAAAAUGACAUAUUUUAUGUUAAUAUGAAUUUCUCCUUAAUUUUGUGCUUAAAACCUCAAAAGGCAUGAUCCAUUGAAGUUUUAGAUGUAACCAAGGUUUACUUAGCUCUUCAGACGACAGUUUUCCUUUUAAAAAGACAUGUACUAAGAUUAGUGGGUUUGGAACAUGGCGGACAGAUAGCAGCAGCUAUGGAGGCUCUCUGAAAGACCAGCUUAGAAUUCAGGAAUGGUGUGGAGUAAGGAAUCAUCAGCAAGAGGAGAUAUGCCCUGCUGACCCAAGAAUGAACUGGGCUGAGAGAAACCAACUGGGAAUGCAAUCCUGGUGCUAUAACAGGAACAGAAAAGCCUCAGUGUGGAAGUUAGAGCCCGCGCUAUUGGAAGCCGCGAUUUGGGUUUCCCGCCACUGCUGCUGCGUCUACAUCAGCUCGGCAGGGAGAGACUCACAAAAGCUGAGAACGGGAAUCAGUGAACAGAGUUGAAAGGAGGACGGGCGGGGAGCUAUGCAUUGACCUGUGGUGAGUGAGAGAAACUGGGACUCUUCCAUGGUCUAGGAGACUCCAACAGAGGACAUUCUGGGACUGGGCAGACUUGCGGGAACAGGGCGCUGCAGUGACUUCAGUCACAUAUCCCCCUCUCAAGCGGGGUUGGUGAGCAGUGCCUAGCCUACGUGACGCUGCUGGCUGAGACCCAGUAGGCUUGCACAACCCAGGUCCCAGCGCCUGAAGGUAGAUUGACCUGGAUGGGCGGCCCCGCAUAGGCUGCCUGGUCUGCAACUUCCUGGUGCGGUGCGGUGGGCGGGAACACCUACCCUACAGAAUUCAAUCAGACUGUGGCUGACAGGGAAGGAAGCUGGGCCUCCUAUAUACACUUGCAUAUAUAAGGAACAAAGAAUAUGGGAAGAGGCAGUAACAAGAAAGGCUCCUCAGCCCCCAAUCCUGAGAAAGAGGCAAUAGCAGACACAGCACCAAUAGAUAUAAAGCACUAUCUCCAGAGCCUCAUAGACAAGUUCAGGAAUGAAGUUAAUAAUGACCUGAACCUAGACAUAAGCAGAAUAGUUAGAGAAAUGCUAAGCACCACCCAAGAAAAAACAGAUGGUGGAAUGGAAGAACAGAAAAAGUGGGGAGAAUUGUUUAAUGGAGAAAAUAGAGAAAGCAUAGAAUAUGUGAAGCAGGUUCAAAGAGAUUAUAAGGAAACUAAAAAGUCUAUCAAAAACUGGCAUAACAGCUUGAAAGAAACUAAGGACAGAUUAUCUGAACUGGAGGGCAGAUUUGUAAUAUGGGAGCAUGAAAUGAAAAACUUCUUAAAAAUAAUAAAGAAACACAGCAAUAAUACAAAGACUAGAAGAUGAUAAGAGGGUCUAUAACUUAAGAAUUAAGAACAUAAAAGAAGAAGUAGGGGCACAAAUGAACUACAAAAGCUACUCACAGAAAUAAUCCAGGAGAAUUUUCCUAAUUUAGCAAAAGAUAAAGAUACUCAGUUGUAUGAAGCAUACAGGACCCCAGCCACCUACAACCCAAACAGAGCAACACCCAGGUAUAUAAUAAUUAAAAUUCCAGAAAUCCAAUACAAGAACAGAAUAUUAAAAGCCGUCAGAGACAAGAAACAGAUCACUUACAAGGGAACACCCAUCAGAAUUACAGCAAACUUCUCGGCACAAACCGUCAAAUCACGAAGAGCGUGGGGGGAAAUAAUUCAAGCUUUGAAAGAUAAUAAUCUCCAGCCAAGAUUGAUAUAUCCUGCACAACUAUCCCUGGAAAUUGAUGGAAAAACAAGGUGCUUCCAGGAUAAAGAGGAACUAGGGGAAUUUGCAACCAAUAAUUCAACUCUACAGAGAAUACUGCAGGAUAUUCUAAAAAAAAAAUAUGAAGAAUCCAGAAAUAGAGACAGAGAGGCCAUGAUGAAUGGAGCAGAAAACAAAAUGAAGAAGACAAACUGACAACUAAUGACAGAAAAAGAGCUCAACAGAAAUGAGGCAGGGAAGAUUGGAUGAUAGGAACAGCUAUUUUGGAGAAAAUGACGUCUUAAGAGGUAAUACUGAUUUAGUAUCAUCUUGUUUUGAAGUCUCAUCAAGCUUUUGUUCUUCUGUCUCCAUUGGUCUAAACAGGUUGUAUCUUAUUGGAUUUUAUUAUAUAUGAUAGUAUAAGCAAAAGCUUUUAUAGACAGGGAGAUUAUACCGAAACCAUUGUUCAUUUUCUGUUAGUUGAUUCUAAAUACCCUGUAAUACUGUCAUUCUCUUAAAUGGUUUUACAUUGUUUUGAUAUAUUUGAUGCUACAGUAUACGAAGUUAUACUCAAAGAUUUCAAGGAAAGAGACAAUAUGGUAACUACUUUUUAUGUCGGGAUUAUCUUGUGGUGAAACACUAUUUUGCUUAAAUGGUUAUGUUUUGAUCUGCGCUGAUUUGCUGUUAUGUCCUCUUUUAUCUCAAUCUCCAUUUUAUUAUUUACUUUUUUUUAUUUUUAUCCUUUUAAUUAAGGGAAAAAU